GGUGCUGUGUGUUGUGCUGUACGGAAAGGAGGACGAUGCUGUUGCUGUUCCCCGUACCACAGUGAAACCGAACACCACGAUGCAUCUCCGAUAACACGUGGUGGGCGUUUUCUGUGACGAUCGGCAUGUUCCAAUGUGCGCGGCAAAGUUAGAGUUAAAGAUGUGCUUUCUGCAUCGUCACCGAGAGGAUAACCAAGUGCUGUGUACCGUCGUCGUCGUCGUGUAUCGCAUUUGUUACUCAGUCUGACGGCACAGAUACUGCCUAAACAGUGUUCACGAUGUUCGUGCAUGAAAGUUAAUAUAACAAAACACUCACCGACGAUCGUGUGCGACGGUGUUUGCGCGGAGGGAGUACCAACAGGAGCGGCGAUGCUGUGAUAGGAGCAGCUGGCGACCUACUCUACUACUCUACUACGGUGACGGUGCACAGUUGAUCCAUCGUGAUCCUUUGCACCUUCCAGUCCACCCCAAAGAAACUAGCACGGUGCUGGAGGAAGGGUGCUUAGUGUUAGUGUUUUAUGCUCAUCGCGUCCUCCAAAAAGGGAUUUAUCAUCACGGUAACCACCACACCACAUCCACCGCCGACGCCAGAAGCAGACCAAUUAUUUCAGCAAACUGCCUCGGACGUACUGAGGCCAUACUGAGCCUAAAGUCUGUCGUCAUCAUUCGUGCUACGAACUCCUCUUCACGGAACGGAGGGACACCACCGCUGUGGUUGAGUGGAGUGCCCGGACACCGAUAAUGUUAGGGUUGGCAAGUGCUAGGACCAUCACCACCACCACUCCGUAGCACAAUACGGACCAAAAGGGGUGGGUUAAAGAGAAGUUGCCACUACUAACUGCUGCUGCUGCUCGGGAGCUAAAGCGCAUAAGCGACCUAAAAGGGCAGGCUGGUAGGCAGGCAGGCAGGGAGGCAACCGGAGGUCGUCCUAACAUAAUUACCAACGGCCGGUGGGGAAAAGUUAUGACGAAGGUUACGGUACCAGAACACGAUGCAGCAGUGUACGCAGCAGCAGCAGCGGCAACAGGAGGACGAACCGGCCGAACGGUGACACGAUCGGUGGCUACGACAGGGCUAGUGCUGAUCGUGGCGGGGCUGUUGACGCUUGGUACCCUUCCCGAUCAUUGCGCUGGCCAGCGCGAAUCACAGCUACGGCUGGGCAAGGCAGUCAACGUGUUCCUGCGCUACGGCUAUCUGUCGAUAUCGAUGAAGGUCAUCUCGUACAAUGAUAGCGAACGAUGGCUGUUCAAGGAACCGACGAACAACAUCUUUAAGGGUUUGGAUCUGCUAAAGACGGAGGAAUACGAGGUUAAACCGGGCAUCUUUAAUGGUGAUUUUCACAUGGAGUUCUGUGACAACCGGAGACAACUGUUCCAGGCGUACUUCCGCGACUUCCAGAUCGAACGGCUCGACAGUCCGUGGCGAGCUUAUACCGAGGGUUGGCAUCCCGAGGUGGCAGCCAAGAAGCUAGGCAUCCAAAGCAAGUACCUCGAGCGGGACGAUUACUGCUACGUACUGGUGCGUGUGUCCCGCUUCCGGGAUAGUGCCCGGUUCGCGAAACCGAUCCCACCGAACCAGACGCUCGAACCGGACGUAUCGCGCAAGGUGCAGAGUGUCGUCAUCGGCGAUACGACGUCGGCGGUCCAGUUUAUGAACCGAUACGGGACGCACUAUAUCAACGCGUACGUGACCGGCAACUCGCUCUAUCAGGUGUUCGUGUUCAACAAGCGCAACUAUGCGCACGUGAAGGAGAAGUUGAAAACGCGGGGCGUCCUCGCCCUGUCCCGGUUGGACCUGCACGAACACUUUGCGCCCUGGUAUGUGGAGCAUAUGGGCAAGAUACGGUGUGCCAGUGGGAAUGCCACGGUGGAGGCGUGGGCUGCCCGGAAGCUACGGCUUUCGUACUAUGUGUUCACCUACAGUAGCCUGUUGAAACUGCACGGCGAUGGUGCUCUGCUGCGGAUACUGAGCGAGUUGCUACAGAACGAAGCGAUACUGCAGCUUGAUCUACGCUCGCUCAGCCCAAUCUUCAAAGAUCCCGCAAAACGGGCCUGGUACGAGGAAAUCCUCGACAACUAUCUCAAGCUUUGGGAGGUCAACAUGUAGCACCGCUGUGCGGCACGUGUCGUGCACAAUCACACAACAGCUGCUACUACGAGUGCUACUAGUACUACUACUAUUACUUCUACCACUACUACCACAACUACUAGAUAGCCUGCCCUGCCGGUUGGGUACUAUGCCAAGUGGCUGUCCCGUUGAAUUGAAUUCAAUUCAGGGUGUGCUACUGCCCGCCGCCACCAUGAAACCGCUGGCUCCAGUGAAGACGUGUGCCGAUUGGUGAAAUGAGAUCGUGAAUCCUCUGUCGGUGAGCUAGUGGCUCACCCUUUUCACCACGCGGCAGGGCUGAGCAGCGGUAUCCCGUGCGCUACAUUUACGGAUUGCGCUACGUUAGAUUAGAGGGAAGGGAACCCCACCUAGGGCCGGGGAGUACGCGCGUCCACUUCACACUCUCCCACUCCCACUUCACCACUGUACUACUUCCACAUGCUGUGAUAGACUUAGGGUUAAAUAGUGUUUGCCAGGGUGGUAGAGAGUCUCCACGCAAAUCCAACAGAGGUAGUAAAAGCAUAAACUUUGGUGCAAAAGUUUCGUUCACCUGCAGGGCGUGUGUCGACGGCAGAUUGGCUGACGCCCAAGGUAGCUAGGUGCAGCUGGAUGGGUAGGGUAUGCGGUUGAAUGUUACUCGGAAUGUUCGAAGUAACGCGACGCAGGGAGACAGGGUUCUUGUGCACAGUGUACAGUGUGCAAAAACAAAGGACCGGACGACAGCAGCAACAGUGCGCCUUUACGCACUUGACGCUGACUAAAGACGGAAUGACGAUCGAUUUAAAAUCAACUAGUGAUAGACAUAUUUAAGAAGAGGACAGUAAAUAAACAAUGAUACAAGCUUUAAACGUAUGGCAUAUGACUGU